AAGAACGCUCCUCGCAGCAUGGCCGCCGGCACCGCUGCCGCUCUAGCGUUCCUGAGCAAGCAGAGCCGAUCCCGGGUGGGAGGUGUCGGGAGUCUGCGUGUCCCGGCUCCAGUCACCAUAGACAGUUUUUUCUUCGGUUGUGAGCUCUCUGGCGGUACCCGCUCUUUCACCUUCAAAGUAGAGGAAGAGGAUGAUGCUGAGCACGUGCUGGCCUUGACUAUGCUCUGCCUUACCGAAGGGGCCAAGGAUGAGUGUAAUGUGGUGGAAGUCGUGGCCCGGAACCAUGACCAUCAGGAGAUUGCAGUCCCUGUGGCCAACCUCAGGUUGUCCUGCCAACCCAUGCUCAGCCUAGAUGACUUCCAGCUCCAGCCUCCGGUAACCUUUCGCCUGAAGUCAGGUUCCGGGCCUGUGAGGAUUACUGGGCGGCACCAGAUUGUUACUGUAAGCAAUGAUAUUUCUGAAGAGGAGGAAAGUGACGAAGAAGACAGUGAGGAGGAGGAGGAGGAGGAGGAAGCUGAGUUGUGCUCUGUCCUACCUGCCAGGAAGCACCAGGCCAGGCACUAG